AACCACAACCACACAAUUAACAAUGGCGUCCCAAUCCGCACAGAACACAGCUUCCGGUGAGCCAAACAAGACAACCGGUCAAUAUCACUCCGCAAAGGGCACGAUCGUCGAGGCCAUCGGCAACGUGACUGGAGCCACUUCCUGGACGCAGUCCGGUAAAGAGGAGCACGCAGCAGGAGAGGCAGAGUACAACGCCGCUCAGGCCAAGGGAUACGUCGAUGGUGCCACAGAUCGCUUGCAAGGCAAGAGGGACACCCUCGUUGGCGCUCUUGCUGGUGACCGUGCGCAAGAGACUGCUGGAAAUAUCCAACAAGAUAAGGGGCUGGCGAAACAAGAGUUGAACAAAUUCUAGUUGCGAAUGGGACACCCAAUAUCCGGAUAUUAGCGUAGGAAAGGAAUUUGAGCAUAGUACUCUCAUCGUCAGUUGUUUAUAAUACCAAUUAAUUGCCACAUAUCUCGGGUGCGCUUCUUUAUGGUCGCAGAAUCUUUUGUGGACGUAUUCAAUGUAUUCGGACGCGUAGACUCGAAACCAGUUGCCUCGGAGUAAUUGCAAU